CAUGGGUCGGCUCCUUGGCCAUGGGCAUGAUUUUUUUCUGCUCUCCCAUCGUCAGCAUCUUCACUGACCGGAUCGGCUGCAGGACCACAGCAGCCUCGGGAGCUGCCAUAGCCUUCAUCGGACUCCUCUCCAGCUCCUUCACCAAAUCUCUGGAAGUUCGUUAUUUCACAUAUGGGAUCCUCUUUGGCUGCGGCAGCUCCUUCGCCUUCCAGCCCUCGUUGGUCAUCCUUGGUCACUACUUCAAGCGCCGCCUUGGCUUGGCCAAUGGCAUCGUGGCUGGCGGCAGCUGCCUUAUCUCGGUGCCGCUCCCCUUCUUCCUGAAGAUGGUUGGGAAGGCCAUUGGGCUGGCACAUACUUUCCAAGUACUCAGUGCCUUAAUGCUCAUCCAGAUAUUCUUGGCCCUGACCUAUCGGCCCAUCUUGCUGCCUUCUUGUGACUCUCAGCACGAUGGGCAGGACAAGCUGGGCAGCCGGACCACGCGGCAGCAGUGUUGGUCCCAGACACGCAAGUAUUUCAGCUUGAGGGUUUUCCGCAGAAAGACCUAUCGGAUUUGGGCCUUUGGGAUCGCUACAGCUGUCCUGGGAUAUCUCGUACCUUACAUGAACCUGGUAAAAUAUGUGGAGAAGCGAUUUCAAGAAACCAAAAAGGACUGGAUCCUUCUGGUUUGCCUCGGAGCCAUGUCAGGGCUGGGGCGCUUGGUUGCAGGCCGCAUUGGCGACUGUAUCCCCGGGCUGAAGAAGAUUUACCUGCAGGUUGCGUCCUUCGUGCUGUUGGGCAUCCUGUGCAUGAUGAUCCCCCAGUGCCGAGGGUUUGAAGGCGUCAUUGUCAUCUGCCUCUUCCUUGGCCUUUGCGAUGGCUUCUUCACCACCAUCAUGGCCCCCAUCGCCUUUGAGCUGGUGGGGCCCAUGCAGGCAUCCCAGGCCAUAGGGUACCUCAUGGGGCUGAUGGCUGUGCCCAUGACCGCGGGUACGCCGAUAGCAGGAUACCUCAACGAUUAUUUUGGGAAUUACGACGUGGCCUUUUAUUUUGCUGGCGUCCCCCCCAUCAUCGGCGGCUUGGUGCUCUCCGUUGUCCCACUGGUCCAUCAGAAGAUGCUGAAGAAGCAGCGCCUGGAUUCGGGCAAAGACAAGAUGCUGGUGUCAGAGGCGGUGGUGAACGGGGAGCUGCUGCCGGGCUGCCCUGCCUCUGAAGCACACAUGUAG